CGUUGUCACGUCAGUGAGCCAACAUGUCAGAUUCAGAAAAAGAACAAAAAUUGGCUGCAGCUAGAUCUAAGUUGCAAGAAUUCCGUAAUAAGCGCACUCGGGUGAGAGAUGCCAUCAAAUUGGCAACUGCAUCAAGUGGGUGCAGUGGCACUGAAUCUCAGGCAAGCACAGAGUUGUCUUCACGAGCCUCUUCAUAUGAUCCACUCAACGAUGCUGACCAUCUUGAAGUUACAUCCUUGGCUGCUCCAUCACAACUUGCUUCUGUUCCUGAUGCUUCUACUACCUCUACCAUAACAAACACGUCACCAACUACUAAAGAAUAUGAGUGUGGAGAUGUCAAGAAAAAUGUGGAUACCAACACUCAUCCAGCAUUUAGGAGUGCAGCUUCAUUCUUCUCAAGUGUACAGUCUUCUAGUGCUGCUGAUUUUCUGGCAGACAGUUUACAGUUUGCAAAUAGUGAUGAGGCAUAUUUGCAAUCAUCCUCUGUAUUGCAGAAUAUUGAACAAUCCAGUGCUCAAUCUGAUGUUGAUAGCCUUCCUGGUAAAGUUUUGCCAUUGAGCUCUUUAGAUUCUCAGCAUGAUUCAAGUGCUCCACUUAGGUCUAGUAUGAAUAUUGUUAGUAAUUAUUUUUCAGAAUCACGAAAUGAAUCAUCCAAAUUGUUAGAUUCUGCUACUUUGGCUGACACUAGUCGCCAAUCUUUAUCUAAUGCUACGGAAGUCUCUCAAGAAAUUCAAAUGAAGAACCGUGAGAGGGAUAGCAGUCUUGAGUCCAUCAGGUCGGCUGCCACUGCUAUUCAUCAACCUCAGCACACUAGAGAUGCAGCUCAAGACUCAACCAUUGAGCCAGUUUGCCAAGUGUUUUCAAUUCAUGAUCAGAGCUCAGCUGCCAACUUGAUAGAAGUACCAAUGCCGCAUCAAGAACUUCCAAGUAAAGUCAAUGCAGACAAUCAAGAAAAACUGGACAAAUCUCAUCCACUAGUCAUUGAUCUGGAAGCUCGAAAUGUGUCUCUCACUGAUCAGCUUCAGCAGCAGCAACUACUGACUGCACAGCAGCACCAGCAGUUGCAGCAGCUCUCUGCCAUGUUGCAGGAAUCACAUGUAAAGUCUGCAGAAGCAGCAACAGCCUCUGCUGAUGAACAUAACAAACGUACAAGUUUGAAUGAAGAAGAGCUUGCUCAUGUACGUCAACAGCUGCAUUUUCAUGUUCAAACAAUUAGCAUUUUGGUAGCUGAAAAAAUGCAACUUGAAUCACAGCUUAAUGAAGCUAAAGAACAGCUUUCAGGAAGAGGUGAGCAAGGCAAAGGGAUGGAGAGUCAGCUAGCAGCGUUGAGGCUUAAAGUUGAGCAAGCAGAGGCGGCAUUUGCAGCAAAAGAAGCUAGAAUAAGCGCACUCACUAUGGAGAGAGAUGACCUGCAGUCUCAUCUCCAUUUGUUGAAAGAAGAAAGAGACAGGUUUAAACUUCGCUGCAGCGACUACGAAAUGCGUGCAGCUGAGCUAGCUGAACGUGUCAACAGCAGCAGCAAGGACCAGCAGAGCAUGCAAGCUCAGGUCAAUGAAACCAAAACUCAACUACACAUGGCAAACAUUCGCAUUGAACAGUUGCGGAAUUCAAGUGGAGACUCUGCCAACAUCCUGGAUGAACUGAACCAAGAGAAGAAGGCGCAUCAGGCCGCCCAAGAGCAGCUUUGUGAAGUCCGUCAGUUGCUGGCACAAGCCCAGGCUGAGAAGAACCAGAUAGCUUCACAGUAUCAGCUCUACACUGCCCAGCUCUCUCAGCAAUCUGAUCAUAUCAAAAAUCAGCUUGGUGAGUCAGAGCAGCAGCGUUUGCAGCUGCAAGCAUCGCUGGCCGACCUGCAGCAACAUGUAGAGGAGCUGCAGAAGCAGUUACGGCAUCAGCAGGCGUCAGUAGAGGAUGAUUCUUCUGCGCGGCAGUUAGUGGCGGAUUUACAGCAGCAAGUGCAGCAGAAAGACCAGGAAACUCAGCAACUGAAAGAAGAAAUCCUGGAACUAAAGGAAAACAGCAAAAAUCUGGAGGACAAUAACUUGUCGUUGCACCAUCUCUCUGAAGAGCUUCAACGUCAGGUUGAUCAGCUGGAGCUUGCCCUGGACAAGCAACAGACGGAGCGCGUUGACAACAGCGGCCUGCUGGCCAAGCUACAGAGUGACAAGGUUGCUGCGGCCAGAGCUCUGGCUCAGAACAGGAUGCUCAAAGAACAGCUCGCUGAGCUUCAGGAUGGAUUCAUAAUGAUGAGCAACAAGAAGUUGGAGUUGACGGAGAAGCUGGAGCGAGAGCUGCACCUCAAGAAGGGGCUCAACAAGCAGCUCAGUCAAGCUGUAGAAGAAGCCAAGUCGCUGAGAGAGGCGAGCAGUGUCAGAGAAACUGAAGUUCAGCAGCUGCGCGAGUCUUGCAGUUCUCUCGCAUCACAGUUAGCAACUAUGAAGCAGAGAGACCAGCAGCUGAUGCAUCAACAGCUACCACCCAAGUUAUCUCCUGUUGAUGUUCAGUGCGAAAAUCCCGAGAAAAUACCACUAGAAUCUUCUGAUGUGGCAGAAAAUUCUCCGGAGGUGCUUGAAAACCACGUCCAAGUCUGCGGAGAUGUGGAUGUUAACAGUGUUCCUCAACACGAGUCCAACGAAGUGGGCGACGGGUCUGAAAUUGUCAUGUCUCUUGAUGACGCUACCGAAGUGCGCACAACUGCUACGGCUGAGAGUGUGGGCGACAGUACUGACAAAUCGAGCAUCGAAACUUCUUCAUCUAAUAUGAGUGAUUCCACUGGUUCUUCCGAUGGCCGGUCUUCAUGUGACAGCUCUGGAACCCCUGCCGAACGCUGCGCGCUGCUGGAGUACCGCUUGGCGCAGCUGUCGAGCACACACUCGGCGCUCGUGGGGCGCUUCCAGCGCGCCAUGAAGCAGGUCGCUGAGCUCACUGAGGAAAACCAGAGACUUGAGGUCACCAUGGAGCAGCUGCAACUCGAGAACGACACUAUCGGUGACUACAUCACCAUAUAUCAGUUCAAGCGCGGUGUCAUGAGCCAGCAGAUGCGAGAGAAAGACCUCGAGCUCGACCGCCUCAGAGGCGACCGCCAGACCCUUGUCGAGAAGCUAGCUGAGCUCCAGAAGCUGAUCAAGCUGCUCGUAGAAGAGCGAGGCGGCGACACGCAGCGACUUUUGAGCUCCGUCAACCAACUCCUCACAACAGUCAGCCAAGAAUCUGAUGCCAUGAAUGCAGUCGACGUAAAGGACCACAAUGGCAACCCAGCCACUAGUGGUCCAAAUUCCCUUACUACCUCUGGCAGCACAAAUGAAGAGACAUCUUCAAAGGUCUCAUCGGUUGGUGACCAGGAGACGAGGCCGCAGAGCGCGACGGUGUCCCGCAUCAUGUCUCUCAUCAAGGAGAUGGAGGAAGCUCCCACCAUCGAUCCUCGCAGCCUCCAUCCCUGUGGCAUGUGCAGCGGCAACCUCAUCACCGUCUAAACUUUCUAAUCCAUUUUUAAAAAUAUAAUAUUCGUACUUAUAUCAUGGUUAAUCAUUGUUUAGAUAUUGAAUAAAUUCAUCGUUUGCUUCCAGAUUUUUUUCUAAGAAUUUAUCUCUUCUCAACUUUGCUGGCUAAUUUUCUUCUCACGUAUUCAAGCGUUUUCUCAUUCCUAAGAACUCUUCUCUACAUUCGCUUUCUGAGCUCUUUACAAUGUAAUGGAUUAUUCCUUCUUAACCUCACUUGCUAGGCACAUUUUGCUGCAGAAAUCCUCUCGAGUCGGGAUCUGGGUUUUCCUUAGACGCUCGUGACUCGUAGUAUUCACAAGUAUUCGGAGGUUUAUUCUUUGAAUAAAUUAUUUACUUUCGAGUGGGCGCCUGCGUUAAAAAGACCUGCACUUGCCAGCUCUUUCUCCUUUGUGUUAUUUCGUUGAAUAAAUACAAAGUUUUAUUUUAGUAGGAUAAUUACUACUUGGAAAGUUUAUCUUCGCUUUUAGAUCAUGUUGAAGAUGAAAUUUGAAAGCUUUAUGCAUUUUCAAAUUUUUUAUUCACCGAAUCACAUCUAUGUCGACAGACUUUUGAAGCUGAUUUGUAUCUACAUUCCGUUAUUUUCAUCUUAUUUUUGUUCCAAUGAACUUCAUUGGACAUACCACUUUAAUUAAAAUUUAUGAGAUAACAUUAAAGGCACAAUAUUGAGUAUCUGAUAGUCCAAUUCUCUUGUCAAAAUUUGCAAAGGUUUGUGAUGUUUGUUCGUCAAGUAACAUUGCAUUUAGCUUUUACUCAGUUUGUUAAUUCGUACCUAUUAUUUCUUCUUGAAUGCUCUAUUUAUUAGUAUUUGUGUUGUUGUCUAACUUAAUUUAUGUGCUGGCACACAAUCACGUUUGAUUGAUUUGUAGCCUUGUUAUAAGAAAAAAAGCGUUGGACACACUGCCCUCAGUGAAGAAGAAUAAUGAGGCAAAUUGAAUUGAAAUUAGCAGCUAUAGCGCGCACACACACGCUUCAAAUAUCAAUUCCUAGACAAGUUUGGCCCGUCUGGCGUUUACAAUUUUUGCACAUUUCCAUAACUUUAUUGUAUGCACGGUGUGAAAGCGGUAAAUAUUCUUUUGGUAAAAAAUUUUCGUUGCAAUUUAGUGUCUGGUGUUGGGAAAAUUAUAGCGUGGUCAGUCUGUUUGUAGAUUUCUUCCCUCAAUCCAAAACGUCCGCAUAUAUAGCCAGGUUCUGUCUAGAAUCAGUUUGAGCAAAUGAAAAUAAGAAUGGGAUAUCCAUUAAAUAAAUAAUUUGCAUAUUUGUAUAUCAUUUUAUCAGCUUAAGAUUUUGCAAUACUUGACUAUACCCUCCUUGCAAUUUAUUGAAAAAUAAAACAGCCAUAACCUUACUAAUACCAUAGUUUAACGAUACGAAGCAUAGAAUUUUGUCCUACACUAGGCUGACCUUUUUUUUUGUAUUGAGUGCGAGUCCGAGUGCCCCCGUGUUGUAUGGCAUUUUAAUAAUUACCGGAAUUUUGGGACACUCUGUGUAAGAUUUUAUUCGUGGAGGUUUUUGUGUUAGAGUUUAAUUGUCCGAUUAUAUGUUCGGACGAGACUGUAAAUGCAAAUUUGUUGAAGUUUAGGCAUAGUUUUCCUCUAUAACCACUCCUUCAAUGCAGUAGUUAAAUAACUAAGUGCUGAGUUACACCAGUUGCCAUUUUCAAAGGAUUUUUUACGUCUGCAAUUCUUUCUUUAAAAAUUUGAAUGAAUUUUGAAGCAUACCAUAAUUGCAUAGCUAUGUUCUUCAGUACGAGGGCGAUUUCAUUUGUAGCAUAAGGUUGGAGUGCGGUAAUAGGUGGAUAGCAAUUUAUACAUUUAACGUUUUUACUUGGGUUCUUGAAACGAAUAUAUUUGCCUUUAUAAUUAGUUUUAAUACGGAAAUAAAUGUUAUUUAUAUCAGAGAUCUAUCUAUCUAUUAGUAGCUGAAGUCAACAUAUCUUCUUGAAAUGCAGAAUGUCUUGGCAUCACUCGUGUUCAAUGAUUCAAUAUAUAUCCCAUUUUCUCGUGAAUGAAAUUGAUAAAUAUUCCUUUACUAGGUACUGAUUACGGCAUUUAUUUAGAAAAUCAAAUUAAUUUUCUAAUUUGUUUCCUUUGUUUCGAGUGUUUGCUUGAAACAACUGUUACAUUAAUAAACUACACUACCUUC